AUGAAGCAAUAUUUUGUGAUCAUAUUUUUCCUCGCGCUCCAUUCUGGAAUAUUUGCCGCCGAAACAAAGCCAGACAAGAAGGUAGCAACCAAUAAUAGUUUUCAAAAAGUGGCUACCUUGGCAUGUACAAAUGGUAACGUGCCGAAAGGAUUAACAGGUAUUUCAUGUAAAGCAAAAGAUGCUACACUUUCAUGCAAAGGCAGUGCAAUUGUCUGUUCAAAAGGGGAGGUAGAGAUCCUUCCAAAAGGCUUCAAGCCACAGCCUGGACUCUGUGGCGAUAAACCGGAAGAUAAAGACGAUAUUGUAGGCUGUAUGAUAUCAUUGGUUCCUGCUACUUGUGUUAAUCCUGGUAAAUGA